AUAUUUUUUAUUAUUGUAGGUCGUUAUUUUGAUGAAAUAUCUCAAGAUACUGGCAAGUACUGUUUUGGUGUUGAAGACACUCUAAAAGCUUUAGAAAUGGGUUCAGUAGAAAUCUUAAUUGCGUGGGAAAACUUGGACAUAGUGCGAUAUGUUUUAAAAAAUCAUACGACAGAUGAGGAAAAAGUGCUUCAUCUGACUCCUGAGCAAGAAAAAGACAAAACGCAUUUCACAGACAGAGAGACAGGUGUUGAAUUAGAACUUGUUGAUUCAGUGCCUCUUUUAGAAUGGUUAGCGAACAACUAUAAAAGUUUUGGGGCUACUCUUGAAAUUAUAACUGAUCGAUCUCAGGAAGGCUCACAAUUUGUAAAAGGUUUUGGUGGAAUUGGAGGAAUCCUGCGGUACCGGGUGGACUUCCAAAGCCUUGAAGUUACUGAUGGCUUAGAUGAUUUUGACCUAGACGAUUUAUAAAUUUUUUAAAUUUUUGGUGCUAAGACUGUGCAUCAUUUAUGCGGGAUAAAUACUCGUUUUCAAUCCAACAUUGUAUGUGGAUUGGUUGAAUAGAACUCUGACCAAUUUUUGUACAGAAACUCUAAAAAAAUAAUAAUAUAAAACAUUCAGUUGGCUUUGGCAUCGACACUUGCAAAAGCCACAUUCAUAGAAUGUGGUUCUUGUGAUUUUGGGGUUUGGGAUAUAUAGAAAUUUACAUGAAAUUAAUUUAAAUACUGCUAAAAUGAUACUGGCAAUUAGCAUUUUUGAAGAAUGGUUUUGCAUAGUUGAUCAUUGGUUGUAAGCCACAGUGGCUUUGUGCCUGAUUUGCUUAUCAGCGUUAAAAGCUGGUGGGAGACUGGCGUUGCAACAGCUGAGCUCAAUUAUGUUGAAAAAAAUAAACGAUGCAAGUUGGGCUUGCGUCAAGCUGAUUUCUGCUCUGUUUAUUUUAUAUUUAAGAUUGUAUUUCACAGAAGUGAAAAAUUUUACUUUUCCAUGAUGUUUUGUAAUAAAAACUUUUUCACACUUUA